UCAUCAUCACUGUAACAGCUUUACGAACACCUUUCACUAACUGAACACGUGCAUGAUUGAAAGUGUGUGGGAAGUUUUCUGAGCAUUGUAUAUUUGGAUCUGCGCGUGUUUGGACUUCAUCAGAGCGCGUCACGAUGUGUCUCCGGAGCUGGUCGAGGGUCUUCAGUGCACUGCUGCUGCUGGGCUUCUGCUCUCGGGUCAUCGGGGCUCAUGAAUGCGAGCACUGCUCCAGACUGGAGCUCGAGCUGUGCGGCGGACCGGACUGGACUCUGGGCUUCUGCGGAUCCGGACUCACCUGCGCGGCGCUCAACAGAACCGGACCGGCGCGCGCACCCGAGACAGGUGUCUGCAGAGUUUCUCCCAGGUGUGUUCAUGAUGGGAAGGAGUUCACGGAGGGCGAGGUGUAUCGUAUGGACCCCUGCUGGAUGUGUCAGUGUCGAGGCGGAGUGUCGUUCUGCUCUAGAACCGAAUGCACAGAGAUGGACUGCCAGAACCGCUAUGUUCCUGAAGGAGAAUGCUGUCCCGUCUGUAUAGAUGUGGAGCUGCUGGCGGUGGAGAGCACUAAAGCGAGCUGCUGGGUGGAUCACAGGCUGCGUGCGCACGAGGAGCAGUGGAAGGAGGACGACUGCACCUUCUGUCAGUGUGUGGACGGAGAGCCACACUGCACAGCCAUGGCCUGCAAACAGAGCUGCCAGAACCCUGUGAAGAUCCCUGGAGAGUGCUGCCCCUUCUGUGAGGAGCCAUCAUAUGAGUCCGUGAGCCCGCUGCUCUGCCCACCGUUGGAAAACUGCUCUCUCUCUGUGCAUGACUGCCCAUCUGGCUUCCAGCAAGACACCAGCGGCUGUCUUCUGUGCCGGUGUGUCAACAAUGAAACCUGUCCUGUUGUGUCCAAGCACUGCUCUCUGGAGUGUCCCAUGGGUUAUGAGAAAGACCGCUAUGGUUGUGAAGUGUGUGAAUGUAGUGUAGCCAUUCCAAAGUGUCGUCCCAUGACAUGCAGCAAGACAUGCCCUUAUGGAUACAUGAGGAACAAGCACGGCUGUGAGAUGUGCCGCUGCAUCCGCUGUCCACCGUUCACCUGCGACAAACACUGCAGCGAGGGCUUCAGGAAGAGCAGGAAGGGCUGCAGCGUCUGCCAGUGUAGAGACGCAGACAGACGUGUGUCCAGCACCAGCGUCUCGUCCAGCUUCUGUCUGACGGCGAGCGGCCAGCGUUUCCAGGAGGGAGACAGAUGGCACGACGGCUGCAGAGACUGUUUCUGUCACGCGGGUCGAGAGAUGUGUGUGCUGAUCCCCUGCCCUGUGCCCACCUGUGCCCACCCUGUGCUCCGAGACCACCAGUGCUGCCCCGGCUGUGACGAGAUAACGAGCUCGUCAGCGCCGGUGAUGCUGUGGACGUCUGUCACCGAGGACUGGAUCAGCGCCGCUCCUCCGCUGCACAGCGUCACACCUGGUGAUGUUUUCUCACGGGACGAUCCGAGUCAGACGGAGAUGGCGCUCAUCUACCAAUCAGCAGCCUGGAUUCUGGCGGGAAUCCUGCUGGCUGUGGUCAUCUUCCUCCUGGUGGCCAUCCUGGUGAACUGCAGGAAGAGCUGGGUUCAGAUGUCCUGCUACGGCGCGCCCAAGAAGACGGUGAUCUUACAGAAACACCAGAACAAGAGUUCAGUCGUCUACAUGGAGCCGUCCAGAGAAAGUCUGUUCCAGAGCAUCUCUCUCUCUAACGGACACGUCCAGCGCUAGCUCUGUGAUCAUCUCCUGCUUCAUUUAGUGUUUUCAUGACGAUCAGAGCGUCCAAACUAAACAGGAACACAGUUUAUCGGACGAGGAGCUUCGGUGUCAUGAUGCAGAAACAAACCAAAGGUUCAGGAACCAGACGGACCUGGACUCUUCAGAGAGAAGAGAUCGUGCUCAUAUUCUCUCCGUCUGUUUAUUCCUUUCUAUACACUCGAGUGUUUUACUUGUAGUUUGUUGCCGGACUGAACAUUGCUGUGUGUUCAUAACGAACUCAGAUCCUCUCAAGUCCUCCCUUCCGAACCCUAACGAGUCGUCUAACUAGACAGCAUCUGCAGGCAUCAUCACAUUCUUCACUAUACAAAAUAACACUUUUAAUUUCUCAAGGGAAUCCUGUUUCCAUCCAUAACACACUUACAAGCAAACAAAUAUAUAUUUCUAUAUUAAAUAUGUCAAAUAUACAUACCAUACAUCGAUGGAGAGAUGAUUUAUUCAGAUUGAUCAAAAAUACAGUAAAAAAUGUAAAAUUUGAAGACUGGAGGAAUGAUGCUGAAAAUACAGCGGAGCAUCACAGAAAUAAAUUACGCUUUAACACAGAUUUACACAGAAAACUGCUGAUUUACAUUAGAAUAAUAUUUCACUAUUUUUACUGUAUUUUUAAUCAAAUAAAUGCAGCCUUAGUGAGCAGAAGAGACUUUUUAUAAAAACAAAAAAAUCUUACUGUUCAGAAACUUUUGAUAGAAAGUGUAAGUUAUGGAUAGGUGUAUAAAUAUAUCAUAUUUCUAUAUUAAAAUAAAUGUUUUAUAUAUAAAUAUUAGCAUAAGUAAUUUAUUUGCUUCUCUAGAAACCAGUUUUUGUCCCUAGUUUUGUAGGGAGUCAUAUUCAUUCAGGGUUUUAUUCAUCCAUACAGUUUUUGCUUUCAUUCAUUCGAUUGCUCUCUCUGUUAAACAGGCUUUUUUAUAUAUACUGUAUCUUUAAGAGAUAUGUAAAUGAGCUCUGUUGUGAUUGGCAGAGUCAGAGGUCACAUGUUUGCAGUUGAGUGUCAAUCAAUGCACUGAGGGAGAUGUUUCUCACUUCAGCAUCUGAAUCAAUCACAUGUGGAUUAUAGUUGGUUUGAGUUUGAGCAAUUACAGUAAAUGAUAAAUGUACAAAAACCAUAAAAAUAGUAGAGGAAAGUAUCUUAUUUAUUUUUUCACUUUUAUUUAUUAAAACUAUACUCUAGUGACUGAUUCUGUCCCAAACCCAAAGCUGCUGUACAGAUUUUAUAAACCGUCUGUCUGCUUUAUAUCAGCUUUUAUUUAUUUGACUUCAUCACCAGUCAAUAUGAUCCAACAGAUGUUCAGCUGUAACAUGUACAUUUGUUUUUGAAAUAAAUAUGAAUUGUGUGAA